CCGUAAGUGCGUAAUAAAACUCGUGACUAUUUUCAUAUAAAUGGAACCACUGGCGUCGCUCUGAUUUCAGUUGAAAGAAAUUUGUUGCAAAAUACAGUUGUGAAAGUGUACUACCGAGUAGAGUACAAAUUUUUGGAAAAAAAGAAAGAAUUAUACGUUGAACAUAGUGAAUAAAAUCGAUUAUUGAAAAUGGCUAGCAAACGUCCAAUCCGAAGUGGGACACUCGACAAUAUUCCAGGAAUUGGUGAUGACUUUCGGCAGAUGUAUCGUGAUUUGAAACGCAUGGAAAGUACGACAUCCAUUAUAUCGGAUAUCUCUGAAGAAGAGCUCAAAGUUGAUAGCAAUACACAUGAAUGUGUUGAAUUGGCAGAACGUUUGCACGGUGUGGAUCUAAACGAUGCGGAUGCAAUCUGGUCGAAAUUGUCGGAAAGUGAACGUCAGCAAAUCGGUCAAGUGAUGCAAAAACAAAAUAUGAACGCCGUAUUGCCAACAUUUAAUCCAUGGUGGGAGAAUAAAGUGCAACGUAUUCAAAUUUCGGAAGUUAACGGUGAUCACACUGAUAUCGUCAGUACAGAGCAUGAAUGGAGAGAUUUACAACAUCCAAAAAUUAAAAAGACUAUCGCUGAAUUUUCGAAAGUUUCCAAAGAACCGCCAACUAAGGAUAUCGAUGAUAAUUUGACGAAUGUACUUGCUGCCUAUACGUCAACUGUGCGAUUCUUCUAUGGAGAACAUUUGAGAAGUGCAUACGAUGCUGUGAAAUAUUUAGUUGCAAUUUGUUCAAGCUUAAAGUCAAACCCAAUCACUUUGGUUGAGCCGAAUUUAGCCAUUGAAGCUAUACGAACGGAAGCAAGAAAAGAGGGUUUAACUAUCGAAGAUGAUGAUUUGAUACAGAUGAAAAAGGAUAUUUACAGCAUCCACGAAGGACCAGAUCCCAAUUUCAAAACCAAUUGCUACAUUUUGGCUGCUUUGUCCGACCUCUAUCGACUGUUCCAAUUGGCUAAAUCAAGAUCGUCAUCGUCGUUGGCGCCCAGAAAGGCAUUCGCAACAGCAAACAACACCCUGGAAAUAGUUGCACCACAAGAUCAAGCCAAAGAUCUACGACAAUUCAUCAGCCGAUUUGGUGACUACAAAAUUGUCGAAUUCAUUCCGAUGGAGAGAAAAACCAUUUGCUCCACAAUGAAAAAAGUUGAAUACUUCUUGGCCUAUGCAAAACAGUUUUUGUCUUAUUCUUAAACGAAAAGUUUCAUAAAUAUUUAUUUUAAUUCUAAAAAUUGAUAAAAAAAUAGGUGAAAAAAUUAAUUAAAAUUAUGACCUGUAGUUUGUAAGAAAAAUGCGUAUUUUUUUGUGAUUUUCAAUAAAGAUUUUUUUAUUGUUUUCGUUCAGGUA